GACUGUACAGACAGCCAGCAGAUGUGCUUGGUGUGGGCAAAGAAUGGCGAGUGUCAGAAGAACAAAGACUGGAUGAGUGCGAACUGCAAAAAGAGUUGUAAUACGUGUACUAACGGAGGGAGCGAGACAACAAGAUCGUGCAUCGAUAACAAUUACUUCUGUACUUAUUGGAAGUCCAAAGGUUACUGCUCCUCCUACAAAGACUAUAGGAAGAUAAACUGCCUGAAAACGUGCGCCCUGUGUGAUGGCGGCAGUGGAGGGACUGCAGGACCCUGCAAGGACAGCAAUCAGAUGUGCCCCCAGUGGGCAACAAAUGGAGAGUGCUCUAAGAACCCUGAUUGGAUGAAAGCCAACUGUGCCAAGAGUUGCAAUUCCUGCGGAGGGGGAGGGGGGAGAGGGGACUGUACAGACAGCCAGCAGAUGUGCUUGGUGUGGGCAAAGAAUGGCGAGUGUCAGAAGAACAAAGACUGGAUGAGUGCGAACUGCAAAAAGAGUUGUAAUACGUGUACUAACGGAGGGAGCGAGACAACAAUGUCGCCCCCAGUCUCUCCUUCUGCUUCGGUGUCAACCUCUCGCCCAUCCACUCUUUCCCCAGUCACCCCUCCCCCAGCACCAUGCAUUGACAAGGACUCUAGGUGCCCACAGUGGGCCCAGAGCGGGGAAUGCGCCAAAAACCCGGUCUGGAUGAAAGCGAACUGCCAGAAAAGCUGUAGGACAUGCAACGGAGGAGGAGGAGGAGGAACCACAGGGGGAGGGGGUAGUGGAGGAGAAGGAACCACAGGGGGAGGGGUUAGUGGAUUUGCUAAGCAGGCUCUACAGCGUCAUAACUAUUACCGUAAAAUCCACAACGCCCCCAUGAUGAGCCUGGACAGUGCGAUGACUCGGUCAGCGGCGGCCUACGCGUACAAGUUCGCCUCUUAUGGAACUAUAGUGCACUCGAGCUGGCAGGAGAGGGGUGGAGACGGGGAGAACUUGGCUAUUGUUUGUGGGGAUGACCAGUCAGCUACCGCUGCCGUGGAGAUGUGGUACAAGGAGGUGUGUAUGUACAACUUUAACUACGGCGGGAUGAGUGGAGCCACCGGACACUUCACGCAGCUUGUAUGGAAGGAGAGUACUCUGCUGGGAAUCGGUAACGCGCCAGGCCAGUACACGGGGUGGCCAUGUACGUACUGGGUAGCGCGCUACCGCGAGCACGGUAACAUGUCUGGACAAUUCCAGAAAAUGGUGGACCGAGGAAGCUUCAAAAAGUAUAGUUACUGUAAGUCAGGGCGAUAGAGCUGACAUAAUCAGAACCAGGUAUUCUCUGAACACACAAUGAUGCUCAAGGAACUCACUCUUAUAAUUUGAAUAAAGUUCGAGUGGUUUCUGGA